AUGGAUCCCGAUGCGCCCGUGGCCAAUGAGCCGGAGCCAGGAGUCUUCCGUUGGAUCAUGGGCUUCCUUCUGGUCGGCGCAUGCUGGGGGCUUACAACACCGUUCAUGCGCAAAGCUGCCAUGAACUACACGCCGCCCCAACGCCCCGCCCUCACCGAUCCGAACAACUCCUGGCUGAAGAAGAAAGUCUUGGGCGUACUCUACGCCGUAAUUGGCGUCUUGAGCAGGCCAGCGUAUGCGAUACCGCUGUUGUUGAACGUUACCGGCAGUGUGUGGUUCUUCAUAUUGAUAGGCAAGGCGGAAUUGAGCCUCACGGUGCCAAUCACCAACAGUCUUGCGUUCCUGUUCACCGUGUUGGGAGAGUGGUGGGCAGAGAAGAAGGUCAUCAGUCGGGACACCUGGAUAGGCAUGGCCUUUGUACUCGGCGGGAUCGGAUUAUGCGUCCAGAGCAAAUCUUGA